AUGAGUGAUUACAGUGAUGAAGAGGAAAGUGAUUUCGAUGAACAUAUUGAGUUGGGUCGUGUAGUAGAUGUUGACCAAAGAGUAAGGCAGUAUCUGGAUAGUUUACCAGCCAGCCAUUCGGAUGAAAGUGAGGAAUCUAGCAACGAGAACGAUGAAAAUAGGACAUCGCCAUCGUUGGCUCAAGCUGACCCGGAUUUGAUUAGGGUAAGACAAUUUAAGUCAGUUGGUUGUGGUUGCCAAAGAAACUGUCAUGCCUGUUUUGAAAUAGACGAGUUGCACGGACACAUUCUAAAUAUUAGAGAAAUGGAAAAACAAGAUAAGGAAAUGUACAUAAUGGCAACAUUGGCUGAUAGCAGAGACAAAGAAAACACAAAGAAAGGGAGGAAACGUGUUAGAUUUAGACAUGACUUCAAAUUCCAAGGCAAGUUUGUGUGUAGAAAGACUUUUAUGCUUGUUUUUGACAUUGGAAAACACAGUCUGCAGAACAUUAUGACACAUGUGAAUAAGAAUGGUGUUGCUCCAAGGAUACACGGAAAUACUGGAAGGAAAACGGCAAAAUCACUCGUUUUUGAGGACAUUAAAAGAUUGGUGCAAUUUGUAUCUAAUUAUGCAGAUGACUAUGGUAUGCCACAGCCUGCAGCACCACGAGGUGGCGACAAUAUAGCACCAAUUUAUCUUACAAGUGAAACAACAAAGAUGAAUUUACAUGAAAAAUAUGUGAACAUGUGCGCGCAGUUUGAACCAACCUGUCGUUCUGUGAAGUAUUCCACGUUUUGUAAUAUAUGGACACAUUGUUUGCCACAUAUUAGGAUUGCUACUCCACGAGAUGACGUGUGUGCCACGUGUGAAAAGAUGAGAAAGGCCAUUGUGGAUUCAGUUACGGAGGAGGAAAAGAUACAAUCAGCAAGCAACUUUCAGAACCAUGUGACAAAUGCACAAAAAGAGAGGCAAGUCUAUAAUGACUGCAUUAAAAUGGCAAAAGAGUCCUACCAAAAUGAAAACCUGGAAAAGUACGUACAUUAUACGUUUGACUUUUGCCAGAAUGUUAGUAUCCCUCACCAUUCCAGACAAAUGGGCCCCUUGUAUUUUCUCACUCUGAGAAAAGUGCAGAUUUUUGGUUUUCGGAUCGAUAGAAUGCCUAAACAGUUGAACUUUCUAAUAGAUGAAAACGAAACUAUUGGGAAAGAUGGGACGUCAACACAUGGGCCGAAUGCAGUUAUAUCCAUGAUAGAUUAUGCCAUGAAUUCGUACAGUACUGGGGAAACAAAGUGUGCCAUACAUGCCGAUAAUUGUCCAGGCCAGAACAAAAAUCAGUAUGUGAUUGGAUAUUUCAUGUGGCGUGUCAUGACAGGAAGACACCAGGAGAUCGAAUACCAUAUGCAGAUUCCUGGCCAUGCACGCUGCCUUGUUGACAGUGGAUUUGCUUCUUUAAAGAAGCUUUACCGGCGCACCGAUUGUGAUUCCCUUGUUCAGUUGCAACACGUUGUUGAUAUGUCGUCUGCUACAAAUGAAGCUGUUCGAUAUCCUUCUUGGCAAUGGCGUGACUGGAAAUCGUUCUUGGGACCUGUUAUUAAACCAAUGCGUGGGAUAAGGUAG